CCACUCCUCUUCUUUCCCCUCACCUCCCCCCGUCCACGCCGCAACGCAACAAGAGAGAGAGAGAAUCAGAUCUUGGCGGACUCGAAUCCAAUCCAAUCCAAUCCAAGGCGGAGGUCGAGAUCAAAGCCACCGGAGAUGAAGUUCUUCUCGGCGUUCGACCCGUGGCCGGUGUUCUUCCGCCGGGAGUGGGGCCGCACCUGGCCCUUCCUCGCCGGCUUCGCCGUCACGGGGACCCUCAUCACCAAGAUGACCGCCGGCUUCACCGAGGAGGACCUCAAGAACUCCAAGUUCGUCCAGGCGCACAAGAACAAGUAGUCGCCGCCCGCCCGGCCCGUCCGCCGCCAGGUCACAGGGGCAGCAGCUGAGUUACCGGCAUGUGUCCUUGAUGCGGCGAGCCAAUCCCCACCCUCACUAUUGUGAUUGAACUUUCUGUUUUUUGUUCGAAUCCAACUGCGUGCAUUUUUGCCGCUCUGGUUUGUAAUGUAAUAAGCGACAUUUGAAUCGUCGAAUCCAAGAAAAAAACCGGCUUCGGAUAAAGUAGCUGCCAUGGGUCACUCUGUCUAUGCACAAUGAAGACGCUCUCUGUUUCGUUUCGCA